AUGCGUGGAGUGCGGCUACAGCUAUUGCUGGCUGUGUCGGUCACCCUGGCAGAAGAGGUGUUUGACAGAUACCGCCUCCGGGCAGCUGGAAGGCCGCGGCCCGACGAUGCCUUCGAUGCGACCGCAGCUGCAGCCUGGGUGGUGGUCGAGCUGCGAUUCUAUGCCGAUGUAAACUGCUCGGAGCCCCUUGUUCCCCUGCAGCUCCUAAGCUCCCUGGGCGAGGUAUUCAAGGCCUUCGAUGGAGAUGUGAACUCGACCUGGGAGGCUCGCUGCCGGGCCGGCGUGGACUCAGCGCGUGAAUGCGAGGACUCCUGGGAGCUGGGCCCCUGGCUCGGCUGCGCCCUCGCGGCUCCAGCGGCCCUUGGCUGUGCAGAGCUCUGGGGGGAGGCUGUCAGCGGUGUCACGUUGGAAGGCUGGAGCAGCCAAGGCUCCUGGCAGACACUGCAGCGCUUCGGGGAACUGACGGCAGGAUCUCUGCAGCUCAGGAUGCCUCCAGAUGCAGCCUGCAACCUGGAAGUGGCCAAUGCCCAGGGGCCGGAGGGCACUCGACUACUCCCUAACUGUGCCGGACAAGCCCAGUGGAGGCUUCGAGCUCCGCUUGGUGUCACUACCUGGUCUGUCUAUGAGCUGCAGUUCUUCAGCGAUGAUCUCUGCACCGAUCGCGUUAUCGGCGUCACCUUCGCGCAGCCCCGAGCCAGUGUCGACCGCGCUGAAGAUGGGGACUUGGCCACGGCUUGGUCUUCAGCUACCGCUGCUCAGAGCGCAUGGAUCGGCAUGGACUUCGACGAAGCUGUCCCAGUGCAGUGCGUUCGCAUCGCUCAGUACUUCGAGUCGCAGACUUCGACAGCUCAAGAUCUGGAGGUCUGGAAUGGCACCAUGUGGAUAGUCAAUCGCACGCUGACCGUUCCACCACCGGAGAUUGGCCAGUUCCAGCAUCUGCCCCCGCCCAGCCUUCCAGGCAGGCACUUCGUCGAGGAGAUCAGUGCACUCGAUCAAGAAAACUCUUCGAACUCCGACGGAACCGACAACUAUUUGUUGGAAGACGGAGAGGACGUCGACGCCAUCAAUGCCUCCUUGAAGCAGAUCGAUCGUGAGAGGGAAGACUUGGAAGUGGAGCUGACAAGAUGGAAGUCCCGCGUGCAAAGGGUGGAGUCCGAGAUCAAGCAGCUCAAUGUCAGAGAAAAAAUGCUGAAUCACAAGCUGGACCUCAGUACACGGUCCGAAGUUGACCACGAAGUCGAGGAGAUUCCCCCGGGUCCUGAGUGCCUGCAAUUCGUGGAUAGCAAUGCAUUCAACUUCAUCUCCAUGCUGAUUGUCUUCAUGAACGUGGUGGUCAUGUUUGGGAAACACUUUUGGGAUCCCAUGAUAUCAAUCAAGGGUGACCUGUGGUACGCCGACCAAGCUUUCCUCGUCUUCUACGUCAUCGAGUUGGCCCUACGUUUCGCUUUGUGGCAUGAUUCGCUGCUUUUUCAUCGUCCUCUGUGGAAGACUUGGUCUUAUUGGCUGGACACCCUCAUCGUGGUGGUCUCCAUCCUGGAGCAGUGGCUGCUGCCUUUGUUCUUUAACCACGAGGGCAUGGGCUUCGGCGCCUUCCGAAUCUUGAGGAUCUUCCGGUUCGCCCGAGUUUUACGGGUAUGCAGCAAGGUGAACAACGCUGGUUCUAGCUGGGCGGAAAAUGACUACUUCAUGGCCUUCGUGAUGUGCGUGAUCUUUCUCAACUGCAUUAUGAUGGGGGUUCAGGAAGACUUUCCAGACCUCAGUUGCUGGAUCUACUUUGAGAAUCUUUUUCUCGGCAUCUUCAUGUUUGAAAUCGUCAUCCGCAUCAGCCACUUCGGUAUGAGGUUCUUCUACAACGAUCAGUGGGUUUUCAACUGGCUGGACUUCGUCAUUGUGGCCGGCGGUGUUCUGGAUCAAUGGUUCAUGCCGCUGUACAACCUUCUCACUUCAGAGGCUGGCGUUGAUGGUGAUGACAGCGACAAAUCGUUGAGCAAUGUCAUGAACAUGCUGAGGAUGCUUCGACUUGUCCGGCUCCUUCGGUUGGUGCGCUUGGUUCGUGGAAUCCCUCCGCUCUACAACCUCCUGAAGGGUAUCAUCUCUGCCAUGCAAGGCAUGGCCUGGUUGCUGCUACUCACUGUUGCUGUCAUCUACAUCAUUGCCCUGGUUGCAAUGAAGCUGAUGGGAAAGGACGGCCUGGUGACGGCUGCCGGUUCGGAUGAUGUCAGAAGCGUGUUCCCAUCAGUCGCCGUUACCUCGGACGGCAAUCCCGGCGGCCCCUUUCGAACUCGACGUUUUCCGCCCUGCGCCAGAAGAACCAUGGCUGGCGACCCCACGCAAGCAGAAGAGGAUAAGCCUCCAAAGAUGACUCUGGAGCAGGCGCAGGAGCACGUUGAGUACGACCUCUCGAUGAAGAUGGUGCCUUUCCUGGACAGACAUCUCAUCUUCCCAGUCUUCAACUUCCUGCAGGAGACUGGCCUGUACAACCAGACAGCAAUCCAGCGGGCGCAGCUGACGCUGCUCGCGGAAACGAACAUGAUCGAUUGGGCCCUGGAGACUUACACAAUGAUCGGAGAAGAGCAGCCGCAGGAACUUAUUGACAGGCGAGACCUGGUGCUACAGCAGCUAGAGCUGUCGCGAGAGAAGGUUCUUCCACUACUAGAAAUUCUGGAGGAAGAGGAGCAGGUGGAGAAGGUGGCGAAGUGCAAGACCAUCGAGGAGUUGUGCACGACCUUCAGCCUCGACCCGUCCGUGAUCGACGGACUUGUGCACUACGCAAAGUUGCAGUACGACUGCGGGAACUACACUUUGAGCGGUGAGCUCCUCAAGCACUACAGGAGGAUGAUCUCCCAGGAUGCCGAACGGCCAGUCAUGACCUCCAAGCAGGUCAGUUGCAUUUGGGGCACGCUGGCGUCCUUCAUCUUGAAUCGUGAGUUUGAGGAGGCCACCGAUGGGGCUGAGAGAGCCGUGGACGUGAUCUUCAAAAUCAACGACUUCCUGGACAACACGAAGAUGUCCAAGAAGGAGGUCUUGUUGCAGCGAACAUGGCUGCUACACUGGUCGCUCUUCCCCAUCUUCACAGCUGAGAAGGUGGAGGUCAAGUUGCUCGAUUUCUUCCUGAAUGAGAAGAGCUUGUCCUGCAUCUCGCUCUCCUGCCCGCACCUCUUCCGCUACGUGGCCGCCUGCCUCAUUCUGCAGAAGCGCCUGAAGCACCUCAUGAAGGACACUGUCUGGAUCAUUCAGCACGAGAACGCGGUAUACAGCGAUCCUGUGACGCGGUUCCUGAUGGCCCUGUAUGUGGAUAUGGAUUUCGAUGAGGCCCAGCACGAGCUGCAGAAAUGCGAGAAAGUGUGCAAAGUGGACUAUUUCUUGAUGCGCCACUGGCAAGACUUCCAGGAGAAUGCCCGCCUGCUGAUCUUCGAGACCUACUGCAGGAUCCACCAGUGCAUCAACAUUGGUAUGAUCGCAUCGAAGCUCAACAUGGAAGCAGAGGAGGCUGAGGUUUGGAUUGUGAAACUAAUCCAGAACGCCAAGCUCGACGCCCGGAUUGACUCCGAGAAGUGUCGUGUGGUGAUGUCCAAAGCACCUCCCAGCGUCUACCAGCAGGUCAUCGAGAAGACCAAGAACCUGUCCUUCAGAAGUACCAUGCUCCUCUCCAACUUGGAGAAGAGGGAGAAGGACAUGCGUACCGCGUCCUGA